AUGAAUAAACUUCUAAUAACUAUUUUGUUUCAAGUUCAUUGCAGAAUCCAUACAGAAGAGAAAGCUUACAGAUGUAAUGAAUGUGGCAAAUCUUUUACAAGGAGCUCAUACCUUAAAGUUCACUACAGGUUUCAUAGAAGUGAAAAACCUUACAAAUGUAACGACUGUGGCAAAUCUUUUACAUGGAACUCAGGCCUUAAAGUUCACAAAAGAAUUCAUACUGGAGAGAAACCUUACAGAUGUAAUGAAUGUGACAAAUCUUUUACAAGUAACUCAUACCUUAAAGUUCACUACAGGUUUCAUAGAAGAGAAAAAUCUUACAAAUGUAAGGAAUGUGGCAAAUCUUUUACACAGAACUCAGGCCUUAAAGUUCACCAAAGAUUACAUACAGGAGAGAAGCCUUACAAAUGUAUUGAAUGUGGAAAAUCAUAUACACAGUACUCUAAUCUUCAAGUUCACUACAGAAUCCAUACAGUAGGGCAACCUUACAAAUGUAAUGAAUGUGGCAAAUUAUUUACACAGAAGUCAACCCUUAAAGUUCACCAAAGAAUCCAUACAGGAGAGAAACCUUACAGAUGUAAUGAAUGCGGGAAAUCAUUUAAACAGAACUCAGAACUUCAAGUUCACUACAGAAUCCAUACAGGAGAGAAACCUUACAAAUGUAAGGAAUGUGGCAGAUCAUUUACACAGAUCUCACACCUGCAAGUUCACCAAAGAAUCCAUACAGGAGAGAAACCUUACAAAUGUAAGGAAUGUGGCAGAUCAUUUACACAGAUCUCACACCUGCAAGUUCACCAAAGAAUCCAUACAGGAGAGAAACCUUACAGAUGUAAUGAAUGUGGGAAAUCCUUUAUCAAGUCAUCACUUCUUAAAGUUCACCACAGAAUCCAUACAUGA